AUGCACAGACGCUCGUCUGGCUCCCCUGUCGCGGACGACACUGACGAUUCCCCGACGCGAUCCCCAGACGACCAUGGCCCCGACACCCACGACAAGUCCUCGCAGAUAGCCCGGCACGGCACCAGCUUCGACCUCCGCAGGGACAACGGCAGCUCGACGCCGCGCUCGCGGAACUCCAGCCUGUGGCGCACCCCGUCCUCCCAUCCGGCCACCGGCUCUUCACACGACUCCAAGAACAUGCCAUUGGGCUCCCCGCGCCUGCCCAUGGAGGCGCCCUCUCCCGAGGGCCGCCGCGCCCGCCAGGCUCGCCAGCGCAGUCCCUGGUCCAUCUCCAUCCUCACGGCCGUCACUACCUUUGCCGCUGUCGCGUUACUGAUCGCUAUCAUGCGAUCCUUUACGGAGCGGCAGGUCGGCGGCAGUGGGUGCGGCGUGCCGAUGAUGAGCCCGACCUUUAUUCGGAUGCUCGAAUUCGAUACGGAACAUACACGGUUUGCGAGCAAAUACAACUUGUUUCUGUAUCGGGAGGAGGGCGUGGAUCCGUAUACUCAGGAUAAUAUUGGGUUGAACGGUGUCCCAGUACUCUUCCUUCCCGGCAAUGCGGGCAGCUACCGACAGGUCCGAUCUCUGGCCGCCGAGGCGUCGCGACACUACUACGAUGUGGUUCGACACGACGAGGACCGACAUGCGGCCGGUGUUCGCAGCUUGGAUUUCUUCAUGGUGGAUUUCAAUGAGGAUAUGGCUGCGUUCCAUGGACAGACGCUGCUCGACCAGGCAGAGUAUGUGAACGAGGCGAUCUCGUACAUUCUGUCCCUCUACCACGAUUCCCGACGGACCCGACGAGACCCCGGACUGCCAGAUCCCAGCGCGGUAGUGUUGAUCGGACACUCCAUGGGUGGCAUCGUGGCCCGCACGGCUCUGACGAUGGCCAACUACCAGGCCAACUCGGUCAACUCGAUCAUCACCAUGUCCGCGCCGCACGCCAAGCCGCCUGUCUCCUUUGACUCUGAUAUCGUCCAUACCUACAAGCAGAUCAACGACUACUGGCGCGAGGCCUACUCACAAACCUGGGCCAACAACAACCCGCUGUGGCAUGUGACGCUGAUCUCAAUUGCGGGUGGUGCGCGCGACACCGUGGUGCCGUCGGACUACACGAGUAUCUCAUCCCUCGUUCCCGAGACGCACGGAUUUACAGUCUUCACGCCCUCCAUUCCUGAUGUGUGGAUCGGAAUGGACCACCUGUCGAUCACGUGGUGUGACCAGUUUAGAAAAGCGAUCAUCAAGUCGCUCUUCGAGAUCAUCGACGCGCGGCGUCCAACCCAAACGAAGCCUCGCGCCGAGCGCAUGCGAGCACUCAAGCGGUGGUACCUCACUGGACUGGAGUCGGUUGCCGAGAGAACCCUGGCACAGAAGGAGCCGAAUACUCUCUUGACACUCGAAGACAACGCAAAUACAAUUUUGGCUCAGGGUCAACGGCUCAUUCUCCGCCAAUUGGGCGAGAGACAUGGCCCAGAUGUACGCCUGCUGCCGAUCCCGCCACAAGGCGUCUCCGGAAAGAAGUUUACUCUUCUCACGGACCAGACGCUGAGCAGUCAGGGCAACGUGGAAGUAUUGUUUUGCAGCGUGUUCCCUCUCAACAACGGCCGAUCGGCUGUCUUUUCGAUGAAUCUGGACUUCUCGGGUGGCACAGUGGGCUCGACUCGCCUGGCUUGUAAGAGUGCUGCGGAGGAUGUUAUUCAUUUGCCUGCUUCCACUCGCACAUCGAAGCUGGCCUAUGACCGCGUUGCGCCGUUCUCCUACCUCCAAUAUGAUCUGGAGGGUCUUGCCGAGCAUCAAUUUGUGGCCGUGGUGGACAAGGCCAAUGUGCCUACGCAGGGCUUUUUGGUCGCGGAGUUCUCGGACAGCUCGGACGCCAUGAUUCGGGCCAAGGUUGGACUUGGCAGUCUAUUGAGCGCCGGUCUCAAAAUGCGACUGCCUGCCAACCGGCCCAUGCUCACCGAAGUGAAGAUCCCAGCCCUGCAUUCCAGUCUGUUGGAUUAUCGGUUGAAAAUCACCCGCCACACGCCAAAGGAUCAAAAGGAGCACAAGGAAGAGCUCUUUGCUCCACUGCUUCGGCAGUCUAUCCCCGAUCCUCACGAGUCGAAAUUUUUCGUGAAUGUGGAUGAGGUCAAUGUCAAUCUGCACGGCGUGGCCCCGUUCAUGCCAUCUCCGCUUCGUGAGCAGGCUACUUCGGGCGGCGUGUCAUUCCAACUCUGGACCGACCCUAGUGCCGGUUCAACGGUGGAUGUUUCCUUGCAGGUGGAUAUUGCCGGCAGUCUUGGUGAGCUAGUGAUGCGGUAUCGCACUGUUUUUGCCGCAUUUCCCUUGCUUGUUGUAGCUCUGGUACUCCGCAAGCAGUUCCAGCUCUAUGAUGAAACAGGCUACUUCAUCCCCUUCACCGAUGGACUCGACCGAGCUCUGCGAACCUCCCUUCCUCUGUUAUUCGUGGCAAUGUCUCUUUUGGCAUCAUCUCUCGCCACCACUAAAGCUCUCCCUCAGUCCGACGACCCGUUCCAUUGGCGAACCAACUCAACCGAGACUCCCCUCGACUUCACGAAGAAUGACCUCCUUCUUGGAUCGCAGGAUGCAUUCUUCUGGUUCCUGGUCCCAGUCUUCGGGAUCAUCAGCGUCGGCGUGUGCGUCUUGGUGAAUUACGUCGCCCUCCUUCUCGUCAACAUCUUCUCCCUGAUUUACGGCGCCGUGAACAGCAAGUCAGGCUAUAUCCGCCGUGAAGACCGAGGGAACCUUCCUAUCUUUAGCGCACCAACCCCACGUCGACGCGUAAUCCACACCGCCGUCCUCCUAAUCCUUGUCUCUACAAUCAUCCCCUACCAAUUCGCUUACAUGGUCGCCUGCAUCGUACAACUAGCAACCAGCGUCCGGGCCCAAUGGCAUGCAAAAGAAACAAAAUCCACCCAGCACAUCAACUUUGGAAACUACGCCCACUCCAUCUUAAUCCUCAUGUUAUGGAUCCUUCCCAUCAACGUCCUCGUCCUCCUAGUCUGGGCCCACAACCUCGUCGUCCACUGGUUCAUGCCAUUUUCCUCCCAUCACAACGUGCUAUCCAUCAUGCCGUUCCUCCUCCUCGUCGAGACAAUGACCAGCGGAGCUAUGAUCCCGCGCAUCACGACUCGUUUCAAACAUGUAACCUCAAUGAUCUUCUUCGCCAUCGCAAUGUACUCCGCCGUCUACGGCGUAACCUACGCCUACCUCCUCCACCACCUCGCCAACCUCCUGGCCGCAUGGUUUGUCGGCAUCUACCUAUUCGGCAAUAAUUUCUCCCCACGCCGUCUCUGGCGGAUUAUCGAUGGGGACGAACUCCCCGCCGAGACUGGGAGUCGUCAUGUUAAGAAGAAGCCAUGA